UUCCGGCGUACGAGGCGGUGACAAUGGGAGCGGCGCGGGCGGCGCCGGGAGGCAGCUGACAGGCGUCUGCGGCUUCGCUUCAUGGCCGCUCUCCCGCACCGCCUGGGCUCUGUGGGGAGUCGGGGAGCCCGUGGCGGCCGGGAGCCGGAGCUGGCGAGCGGAGCGGGGACUUGUGCGCGGCGCCGCUGAGGCGCAGCAUGUGAAGAGGAGACGGCGUCCAGCGCGAGGCGAGCCUCUCAGCCGGCAGGGAUGGCUACGACGGCCGAGCUCUUCGAGGAGCCUUUUGUGGCAGAUGAGUAUAUUGAACGUCUUGUAUGGAGAACCCCAGGAGGAGGCUCUAGAGGGGGAUCUGAAGCUUUUGAUCCUAAAAGGUUAUUAGAAGAAUUUGUAAAUCAUAUUCAAGAACUCCAGAUCAUGGAUGAAAGGAUUCAAAGGAAAGUAGAGAAACUAGAGCAACAGUGUCAGAAGGAAGCCAAGGAAUUUGCCAGGAAGGUACAAGAGCUCCAGAAAAGCAAUCAGGUUGCCUUCCAACAUUUCCAAGAACUAGAUGAGCACAUCAGCUACGUAGCAACCAAGGUCUGUCACCUUGGUGACCAGUUGGAAGGGGUAAACACACCCAGACAACGGGCAGUGGAGGCUCAGAAAUUGAUGAAAUACUUUAAUGAGUUUCUAGAUGGAGAAUUGAAAUCUGAUGUUUUUACAAAUUCUGAAAAGAUAAAGGAGGCAGCAGACAUCAUUCAGAAGUUGCACCUAAUUGCCCAGGAGUUACCUUUUGAUAGAUUUUCAGAAGUAAAAUCCAAAAUUGCAAGUAAAUACCAUGAUUUAGAAUGCCAACUAAUUCAGGAGUUUACCAGUGCUCAAAGAAGAGGUGAGAUCUCCAGAAUGAGAGAAGUAGCAGCAGUUUUACUUCAUUUUAAGGGUUAUUCCCAUUGUGUUGAUGUUUAUAUAAAGCAGUGCCAGGAGGGUGCUUACUUGAGAAAUGAUAUAUUUGAAGAUGCAGCAAUACUCUGUCAACGGGUGAACAAACAAGUUGGAGAUAUCUUUAGUAAUCCAGAAACAGUACUGGCUAAACUUAUUCAAAAUGUAUUUGAAAUCAAACUACAGAGUUUUGUGAAAGACCAGUUAGAAGAAUGUAGGCGGUCCGAUGCAGAGCAGUAUCUCAAAAAUCUCUAUGAUUUAUAUACAAGAACCACAAAUCUUUCCAGCAAGUUGAUGGAGUUUAACUUAGGUACUGAUAAACAGACUUUCUUGUCUAAGCUUAUCAAAUCCAUUUUCAUUUCCUAUUUGGAGAACUAUAUUGAGGUGGAGACCGGAUAUUUGAAAAGCAGAAGUGCUAUGAUCCUACAGCGCUAUUAUGAUUCAAAAAACCAUCAAAAGAGAUCCAUUGGCACAGGAGGUAUUCAAGAUUUGAAAGAGAGAAUUAGACAACGUACCAACUUACCAUUGGGGCCAAGUAUCGAUACUCAUGGAGAAACCUUCCUAUCCCAAGAAGUGGUAGUUAAUCUUUUACAAGAAACCAAACAAGCCUUUGAAAGAUGUCAUAGGCUCUCUGAUCCUUCUGACCUACCAAGGAAUGCCUUUAGAAUUUUUACCAUUCUUGUGGAAUUUUUAUGUAUUGAGCAUAUUGAUUAUGCUUUGGAAACAGGACUUGCUGGAAUUCCUUCUUCAGAUUCUAGGAAUGCAAAUCUCUAUUUUUUGGAUGUUGUGCAACAGGCCAAUACUAUUUUUCAUCUUUUUGACAAGCAGUUUAAUGAUCACCUUAUGCCACUAAUAAGCUCUUCUCCUAAGUUAUCUGAAUGCCUUCAGAAGAAAAAAGAAAUAAUUGAACAAAUGGAGAUGAAAUUGGAUACUGGCAUUGAUAGGACAUUAAAUUGUAUGAUUGGACAGAUGAAGCAUAUCUUGGCUGCAGAACAAAAGAAAACAGAUUUUAAGCCAGAAGAUGAAAACAACGUUUUGAUUCAGUAUACUAAUGCCUGUGUGAAAGUCUGCGCUUAUGUAAGAAAACAAGUGGAGAAGAUUAAAAAUUCCAUGGAUGGGAAGAAUGUGGAUACAGUUUUGAUGGAACUUGGAGUACGUUUUCAUCGACUUAUUUAUGAGCAUCUUCAACAAUAUUCCUACAGUUGUAUGGGUGGCAUGUUAGCAAUUUGUGAUGUAGCUGAAUAUAGGAAGUGUGCCAAAGACUUCAAGAUUCCACUGGUGUUACAGCUUUUUGAUACUCUGCAUGCACUUUGCAAUCUUCUGGUAGUUGCCCCAGAUAACUUAAAGCAAGUCUGCUCAGGAGAACAACUUGCUAACCUGGACAAGACCAUUCUUCACUCCUUCGUACAACUUCGUGCUGACUAUAGAUCUGCUCGCCUUGCUCGACAUUUCAGCUGAGGUUGAACUUAGAAGGGAAAUUUGUUGUACUUCAGCAGGCCUUGGUUGAUAGAAAGCACAGGAGAUUUGUUAUGACAUAGCCAACAUUUUAUGGAAAAAUGACUGUUUGGGAAAACAGCAGCCAUAUUUACCCUUGAGAUUUUUUUUGAAGUUUGGACACUACUAGCCAUAUUUUAUUUUUUCCCCUUACGUUGAAUUUUAAUUCCACUCUUGAACUUACAAGUUUCAAAUUCUGUGAAACGACUUGUCACAGUUUUCAUCCUGGAAAAUGGUAGUGAUGGAAGGCAAAUGAGAUGUUACCAGUGUUCUGGUUCAUGUUCUUUAACAUAGUCCAUUGGGAAACUUCACCAUCCUAUUUGCAUUAAUAGGUCAAAUACAGUAAAACUGCAUAUAUUAUUUGUCAAUUUUAAUGACAUUUUCAGCACUCGUAAUUGUUAAUCAAAUUAUUUUAGGUUUUCCUAGAGAACUUUUGCCUCUUUCAAAGGUUAUCAAUUGAGCAUAAUUUCUGUAGUAGGUUGAUUGGAUUUUUUUUCUGGGGUACAACAAUAAUACUAUUCCAAGAAAAAUGUUAUAAACUAAACUAAAAUGAUGAGAUGUUUUAUGUAUGUAUUAGAAGUGGAUCAGAAUACAUCUGCUUUCUGGGUAAAAAAACUUAAAAGUUUACUAUUUCUUAUUUGGUAAAUUUAAGUCAAUGCUAGCAAGAAAUUAAUAAAACUACCUUAUUUUAUAUUUCACUUAAGAUAAGGUAGAGGACCUUAAAGUAAGGACCAUAUUUAUUCAUUAUUUUAAUAUUAUAAGGGAAGUAAAAAAGCGAGGUAUAGUCUAAAUGGUGCAUAUGAGAAAUAUUGAUAAUGUUUAGCAACGAUGCAAUCCUUUAAUAUCUCUGUCUUAAUGCUAAACUAGAAUAAGAUGGGAUGGAUAAACACGCAGGUAGUCUUCUAUUUUAAGAGGAAUUGGGAUUUGAUAGAUAACAUGUAUUCUAAGUCUGGAGAUGAGCUUUGCAAAACUAGUUUUCAAAUCUAUAGCUUCUGUCAUUAUCUUUUUUCAAGGCAUUUCUGAAGCAAUCCCUACUGAAUAUAGUUCGUUGAAUUGGCUUAAUAUGGUGACAUAAUAAAUCACUUAUAAAAUUUUAAACAUCAAGUGAAAUUUUGAAAGGCUGUUGCUCUAUAAACUUGCUCUGUGAGAUGCAUUCUUAGCUAUAUGUAGUUUUUCAGCUUCCAUUGUGUUGUUCAUAGUCUUAUAGAAACAGAUAAACUUUAAUGUUCAACUCAUUCUUGGCAUUUUUUUCUUUUAAUAGUGGCUUUUUGGCCUAAUUUUGGAAAACACCUUUUAAGAAUGUAUUUCUGAAUGGUCAUCCACUUUAUGAACACUUUCAGGUCCAGAGCUUCCUACUGUUUAAGUUACUAUUGAUUGAAUUUUCUUUAUUUUCUGUUUAGCCCAAUGUUAUCAAGGUAAGCAAGAGAAAUGAAGUAUGCCAACUUUUAUCAGAGCAUUUUAGGAAAUUGUGGCAGCUUUAGUUUUUUAUUCUUUAGCCAAGAGAGAGCCAGAACAGGUUUUGGAUGCGAGAGAAAGUCAUAUGCUUGUACUGUUGCCAUUUUAGAAAGCUCUGAUGUGAAUUCAAAUUAUACCUCUGUUACUUAAAGCCAACAAUUUUAAAGCAGUAGUUUUACUGGCUAUUUGAACUCUUUGUACACAGUGUCAAUUUGUAAAAAAAAGGCGUUGGGGGGGAUCUCAAAUAAAACAUGAGAGAACAUUUUAAGACUUCCA